AUGGAUAGAACAGCACGUCUAAAUUUAUUGUUCAGCCAGGACGAGGCCUUGCUGAGACUCGAUACUCAGCUUCGAACUGUGCCUGAGGUUCAGUCCAACCGGGACUCUAGUUCUACCAAUGACAACGUCAAUACUGGCAGGGAGCCCUCGAAACCUACCAUUUCACAGCUGGCGCAGAGCAUCGGACCAUCUAAACCAGAUGCCGGCAAUGAGCGGCAUGAGAACGCGCGAGAGGAGGUUUCCGAAAGCGUGACUCCAAUUCCUGGAUCUUCUGCGCAGACAAUUCCGGUCUAUACCUCCUCUUCUCGAGAAGGCUCUGAUGUGCCUCACGACGGGACUUUCUCUCCUUUGGUGACAAUCUCAAGGUACGCCUACAAGUACAUCAAAGGCCCGCUAUCACAGAAACUGGCUAGCGAAUUCUUUGAUGGAGGCAAGUUCUGGAACCGAUGUUGGGAUCUGUACUAUAUCAAGCUUCCACCUCUUACGGGCCCUCGUCAUCUGCUUCUCGUGCCCACUGCCCAGGUCCGUGCCUUUUUCCAGGAGAUUAAUCGUGCCCUGCAGUGCAACUUUACUCUAUCGGAUGAAGGACUGGUUCUUUCCUUUCAAAAGGAAGGCUUUCCGCAGCCCGUAUUCAUAGGCAGAAGCAUAUGUCGGGAAACGAAAGACCGCCUCGAAUCGCAAAUUCCUGUCUCAUCGGAGGCACCUCGUCCUUCAUCUGGAAUGGACGAGCAGUUCCUUGCCUUUGAACAAAUGGUAGAGACCGCAUGGGAAACAACCAGAAACAAAAAGAAGCCUUCUAAGGCCAAACAGCAACAACGCCUGCAAAAUCAACGGCGCCUAGUUGAGGGCCUCCGACGAACACAGAGUUACCUGGGUCUACGCUCCAGUGAGGUAGACGACCUGAUUGAUGACGUGGCCUGGGAGGAAAAGAAAGCCCAGGACCCUAUGCCUGAGACCCCCAAGCCGCUGCACAUGGACAAGCCGGCACCGUUCCCUUUCUGGAUGGAGCCUGUUUUCAUUAGUAUCGAUGUGGAAUCUAACGAGCAUUAUCAUAAGCAGAUAACGGAGGUGGGCAUCUCCACUCUGGACACCUUGGAUCUCGUCGGCAUGUCUCCAGCCGAAGACGGGGCCCAUUGGAGGGACAAAAUCAAGUCGCGUCAUUUGCGUGUGCAAGAAUACGCUCACCAUGUCAACCAACAUUUUGUUGCAGGCUGUCCCGGGAACUUCGAUUUUGGGACCAGUGAAUGGGUCUCAGCCAAUCAUCUGGGAGCCACUGUACAGGACGCCUUCCAAGUCUCAUCUUCGUCGUCUCCGACGCGUGCACCACGUCACCUGAUCCUCGUUGGACAUGCUAUAAACAGCGACAUCCAGUAUCUCCGCCAGAUAGGGGUACGGAUGGAGCGCAAGCCGGAGGGAACUGCCGGGUUUAUAGGGACGGUGGACACAGCAGAGUUCUUCCGUAUCAUUCGCGGCGAGCCGACCACGCGCAAAUUGGCAGAUAUCCUUCAGGAAUUCAAUAUGACCGGCUGGCAUUUGCACAACGCGGGUAACGAUGCGCGAUACACCAUGGAGGUGAUGCUUUGCAUGAUGCUGGAACAUAGCCGAUGA